AUGUCCUCCGCCGAAGACGAGCCCCACGACGCCGAGCAAGGCACGACCCUCAUUCACAACAAAAAACGCAGGGUGCAGAGGGCAUGUGAUGUCUGCAGACGCAAGAAGAUACGAUGCGAUGGCGCACAAAUGCCGAGCACUAGAUGCUCAAAUUGUAUUGCAUAUAACUACGAUUGCACAUAUAUGGAGGCUGCCAAGAAACGCGGUCCACCGAAAGGGUAUGUUGAAACCCUCGAGAUGCGGCUGGAGAAGAUGGAGGGUCUGCUGUCACGGCUCUGCCCCGAUGCCGAUUUCUCCAAAGAGCUAGGCAUGACGAUCGACAAGUCCAAAUGGUUCCCCGAACUCCAACGUCACGGCUCAGGCUCAACAUCUCAAAUUCUAUCUUCACACGGCGGCGGCGCUUCACCAAGCUCAAUGACAGACCCCGGUGCGGUUGCCUCUCCUCCUGCCGCCAACGACGACGAGCUCCAGUCGAGCGAUGACGAGUUUCUGGGACAGAGCGCCCUGCUCUCCGAAUCGAUGAAGAACAUGCAUCUCCAUCCUAUGUUGCAGAAACGGUUCCUCGGGAAAUCGAGCGGUGCGAAGCUCGUGAUGGCAGCUAUUGAUCUCAAGUCAGAAUAUUCGAUGAAAGACAUGGAUCUUCAUGCGAUCGUGGGUACGAAGAGGCCCGAGUUUUGGACGGUGUUACCUUGGGAACGCUCAUGCAUGGACACCCGCCACCCCCGCCUCGAAUUCCCCGAUCCCGACCUGCUCGCCUCCCUCAUCGACAUCUACUUCGAACACGUCAACCCAUUCUCCGCCCUCCUCCACGCCCCAUCCUUCCGGCGCUCCGUCGACGAUGGCCUACACCUCCGCGACGACGGGUUCGGACAGGUCACACUGAUGUUGUGUGCGAUUGCGGCGAGGUUUAGCGAUGAUCCGAGAGUGCUGUUGGACGGAGGACAUGAUCAGAGUUUGCAUUCGGCGGGGUGGAAGUGGUUCUCACAGGUGGAGGUUACGAGGCGGUCGUUGUUGACGCCGCCGUGUCUGUAUGAUUUACAGAUUUAUUGUCUUGCGAUACUUUUCUUGCAAGGAUCCUCUGUACAACACGUAUGUUGGACCAUGACAGGCGUCGGGAUCAGAAUCGCACAGGAUGUAGGUGCGCAUCGGAGGAAGGUGUAUAAUACGAAACCAACCGCGGAGGACGAGCUUUGGAAGCGUGCGUUCUGGUACCUCGUAACACAAGAUAGGAUGAUGAGCUCCGGUAUGGGGCGGCCGUGCGCUAUUCAGGAAGAAGACUUCGACCUCGAUGUGCCUAUCGCGUGCGACGACGAGUAUUGGGACGAUCCGGAUCCGGAGAAGGCGUUCAAGCAGCCGCCUGGGAAGCCGUCGAAUAUGGACUUUAUCAUUUCGUUGUUGAAGUUGGUGCAGAUUAUGGCGUUUGCGUUGAGGACUAUCUACGCGAUCAACAAGUCGAAGGUCCUCCUUGGGUUCGUGGGUUCAGAGUGGGAACAGCACAUCGUCGCGGAGCUUGAUUCGGCGUUGAACAAAUGGAUAGAUUCCAUUCCUGAGCAUCUCCAUUGGGACCCCUCCCGCGAAGAUCCCACCUUCUUCCGGCAAUCCGCUGUGCUCUACUGCACCUACUACCACGUACAAAUCCUCGUCCAUCGACCCUUCAUCCCCUCACCCCGCAAACCGUCGCCGCUCUCGUUCCCUUCGCUCGCGAUAUGCACGAAUGCGGCGAGGUCGUGUAGUCAUGUCGUCGAGGUCGGGCUGAGGAGGAAUUUGCCGAUGCCGGUGGGGUAUUUCCAGAUCCCGGCGUUUGUGGCGGGGAUCGUAUUGUUGUUGAGUAUAUGGGGAGUCAAGAGGAGUGGGGUGAGCAUCGAUCCGGGGAAGGAGAUGCAGGAUGUGCAUAAGUGUAUGCAGGCACUCAAGGUGGCUGAGAAACGAUGGCACGCUGCCGGGAGGUUAUGGGAUAUCCUCUUCGAACUUGCCUCCCUCAGCGACCUCCCACUACCCGCACCCAGCCCAGGCUCCGCCAAACGUCAACGCGACUCCGACAGCCCUGCCCCCUCCCUCUUCCAGCAGCAAACCUCACCCUCCGUCCUAUCCCCUCUCAGCCCUCAUUUCAAACCCAUGGCCGCCGGCACUGGCUCCGAGACUACCGUCCCUUCUGACACGAGCUCACGACAAUACGCCGGUUCGAAGCGAGUCCCCAAAUCUCACAAACAGAGAGAAUCUUCGUCUUCCAGGUCGAGCUCUGUCGGACCAGGCAUCCAACCGAUUCCACCGCCGAAUGUUCAACAUCGGUCUCAACAGCAAACGCCACCGCUACCGCACCAGACCCCCUCUUCGACGUCGGGAUUUCCGUACGCUACUCUCCCGAUGCAUAGCGAUGAGUUGAGAACGGUACCCGCGGGAAUGAAUACCGCGUAUGCGGGCUUCGCUAGGCCCUCUAUCGAUCCCGUGACGGGGAACUGGUCUCUCCCUGGAACGCCUACGCAACAUACGGCCAACGUCGCAGGACCCUCGCCACGAGCUAAUGGUGGCGGCGAUGGGGGCGUGUCGUUGUUGAACGGGAGGUCGUUCACGUAUCCGUUCGGGUUUGGACCACCACCUUCGGGUUCUUCGGGGGCGAACGACCCGAUGCUCAGCCAGGAAGCUACGGAGAUGGGGCUUAGAGGUGGGUUUACGGAUUUCGGUGGGGGUUUGAAUGGGGGAGGAGGCGGCGCUGGGAAUGGGGUUGGGUUUUUCGGGUCGGGGGCGAGUAAUAUGUUUGGAUUCGAUUCGCCCAUGUCGGAUGAGUCUCGUCAGGGUGGUCAAGGUGCGCAGCCGAUGAUGAGCAUCACGGAUACUGGGACGGGUGCUGGCGCUGGAGGGUAUGCAGAUCUGAUGCAGGGGUUGGUUGGCGGGUCUGGCCAUGGCGGUAUUGGAGGCUCGGGGGCAGGACAGACGCCGUCGAGAGUUGGGUCUGGCCAGGAGACCGCUCAGGCGGAGUUGGAGGAUAUGAUGAAGAUGUGGUCGAGCAUGCCUGCUGGGUUUGAGUUGGAGGACUGGGAUACAUAUAUGACGAAUUUCUCGGGUAUGAGCCAGUUCCCCAUGCAAGGGACUAGUUCAGACACAGGCCCGUCUCCUCAAAGUUGAAUAGGUAUUAGGUGCAGUAACAGCACGCAGUAGAAGUCCCUUCUUAGCUAGUAGAUCGCUUGAAGCCCGUUGUAGCAUCCGUCUCCUUAUCUUGUUAUUGAUUGUUUUCCUUUGCUGUCCCAUCUGGUAUAUAACUUACCUUCACACUGUAUUAAUUUACUCUCCCUCCUCGCUUGCUCAUCGUUCGCUUUCUGUCUGUCUGUCACCCUGGUCCCCGACGCCAAGGUCAGCGCUAGAACGCUUCACUCACAUUCUAUCUUUUCAGGUCUUGUCGGUAUACGCUUUUCCUGAUUUUGUAUCCUUUGAUUCAAUACCAUGCUUGAUUUGCGUCGAGCCGUAAACAGUACCUACAGGACGUAUUUGCGUCGAUGCUUUAUUCGUUCACAGCCUUCGCCAAUCAAUAUACACCAUUC